GGGAGCGGAUCGGCAACCAGGAAGUCUUUGCUCGGCGCGAAGGAGGGAGGAGGGAGGGAGCGCCUAGAGGAGGAGGAGGAGGAGGAGGAGGAGGAAGAAGAAGAAGCUCCCGCGAAGAGAAAGCAAAAGCCGAGCGGGCGCCGCUGCUCCUGCCUCUCUCUGCUCUUGCUCCUGCCUGCCUGGUCGCCAUGGCCCAGGAAAACGGCGAGGAUGGCUCCUCCUGGAAGAAGCCCGCCGAGGACAUCAACCAGAUCUUCGAGUUCAAGGAGACCUUGGGGACAGGUGCAUUUUCUGAAGUUGUUUUGGCUGAGCACAGAACUACUGGAAAACUAUUUGCUGUCAAGUGCAUACCAAAGAAAGCCCUGAAAGGGAAGGAAAGCAGCAUAGAGAAUGAAAUUGCAGUUCUCAGAAAGAUCAAACAUGAAAAUAUUGUUGCACUGGAAGAUAUCUAUGAGAGUCCAAACCACUUAUACCUGGUCAUGCAACUAGUAUCAGGAGGUGAACUGUUUGACCGCAUCGUGGAGAAAGGAUUUUACACUGAGAAAGAUGCAAGCACUCUGAUACGACAAGUUUUGGAUGCUGUGUACUAUUUGCACAGAAUGGGCAUUGUACACAGAGAUCUUAAGCCUGAAAACUUGUUAUACUACAGCCAGGAUGAAGAAUCUAAGAUCAUGAUUAGUGAUUUUGGACUGUCAAAAAUGGAAGGUAAAGGAGACGUCAUGUCUACUGCUUGUGGCACACCUGGAUAUGUUGCUCCAGAAGUGCUUGCACAGAAACCCUACAGCAAAGCUGUAGACUGUUGGUCCAUUGGAGUUAUUGCAUAUAUUCUUCUCUGUGGGUAUCCUCCCUUCUACGAUGAAAAUGACUCCAAGCUUUUUGAGCAAAUCCUUAAGGCAGAAUAUGAGUUUGAUUCUCCAUAUUGGGAUGAUAUCUCUGACUCUGCUAAAGAUUUUAUCCGGAAUUUGAUGGAGAAAGAUCCUAAUAAAAGAUAUACAUGUGAACAGGCAGUCCGACAUCCAUGGAUUGCUGGGGACACCGCACUCAGUAAAAAUAUCCAUGAAUCCGUCAGUGCUCAGAUUCGCAAGAACUUUGCUAAAAGCAAAUGGAGACAAGCCUUUAAUGCCACCGCAGUGGUGAGACACAUGAGAAGGUUACAUCUCGGCAGUAGUUUGGACAGUUCAAGUGUAAACAUGUCAAGCUCCCGCAGUCCAGCCAGCCCUCUACCUGAUGGAACAGCCAGGAAAGAUUGUAUGGCACCAUCCACUCUUUGUAGUUUUGCAUCAUCCGCUUCACCUGGAAUUUCUCCUGUUGGAGAGAGGAGACCGAGGCCAACUACAGUAACAACAGUGCAUACAGGAAGCAAGUGAGCCAGACCUUCCCCUGCAUAUCUCCCCUCAAAAGAAGUCAGAGAUGGGGGAAAUGCCAAGGUGGGCAAGAAGGCAAGCAGGCAGACCUUCUCCUGGGGUGACCUCAUCCUGCAUUGAAAACUUGGCAAAGGACCAGAAGGAAAGACUUUUUUUUUAACGGCCAUAUUUUAUACUGCAAUUCUGAAAUGUCGCAUUUAUCGCAAACUGCAGUGACUCUGGGAGUUUGGGGAGGGAAAGGGCUGUAGGUCAGACCUAACAGUGUCUGGUGCUGGGGCAGCAAAUCUGGGAAUGUUCUACCUAAUGGACCUUCAUGUUGAUUCCUCAAUGAUCUUCUCUGUUUUCAACAUAGGUAACAGUACCUGCUUUUUUCCAUUACCGGAAGAUUUCAACUGGAUUAUUUAACUAGAACUAAUUUCCAAGCAUUAUUUCUUCUUCUUUUUUCUUCAUUGUUCUGUCUGUGUUGGUUUUGUUCAGGGUAGAGAGUACAUAGAAUUUUGCAUUAAUCUUUCAAAUCAAGACAUCGUCCCUAAUGUUGGAUCGCAAACUUGUCCAAAUCUUGUAGUAAUUGUGAGAACUUGCUAAUUUUUUUCCUCCUCAAGGGUACAAGGAUUAGUUCUGCUUGGAUCUAAUGAGGAUUUGCUCAAUGUUGCCCUGGUACAGUAUCAAAGGCUGGCCACUGAGUAAGCAAGGACAAGGCAAUGGGACACAGUGGAGUGGAGCAAAUGGGAAAUCAUGGCUGAUGUUUUCUUUAGUCAGGAGUCUCUGAGGAUUUUGUUAAGUGCCACUCAUCUUCAUAUUACAUCCUCAGUCCACACCAAUAUCAUUUCUGCCACAUCAUCCUAAUGCCGUGAUGGUAAACCUAUGACAUGCAUGUCAGCACUGACAUGCAUGGCUAUUUUUGAUGACACGCAGACACAUGCAGCCGCAUACAAAGAAGUACACCUUAUAAGAACCAAUCUAAUUCCAUCCUUAAAUUUGUAAAAGGCUCUACAAAUUUAACAUCUGCACGUUUGAGCAUUGUUCACUCCAUAACUCAGCAUGGAUUAUACAUUUUUCUUAUUUAAAUUAUAAAUAUAGCAAAAUUAUGGGUUUUUUCUCGAAGUGACACCCCCACUCAAGUUAUGCUCAGGUUUUUGGCAAAUGUUGACACACCAAGAUCAAAAGAUUGCCCAUCACUGGCAAAGUAUUCUUUCACAAGAUUCUAGUAUAAACUGUGUAUAUUUAGCAGAGAAAGGGAAGCAACAUGUGUGAUAAUCUCAUGUCAGGUUACAGUUAUUUCUUUUUAUGAACCAGAAAUGGAAAUUGGGCAACUCACAAGUAGUCCUUUCAGGCAGGAAGGUCAGUGUCGGCCCUGAGAAACCCUAUCCACCCCUCAAAGAUCCUAGCUCCUCUCUUGCAAGAAAUGAUGCUGAGUAACAUGUUUAAAUGUCUAAAAAGGCUUUGAAAUGCUGCACAACAGCACCUCUGGUCAAAUAGUAACAACAGGAGCACUCCAGAGCUCCAGAGGGGCUGGAAUGGAACCAUGCUGCCUGCUAGACUCCAACUGUUUCCAUCCCUGCCCUAUACUUGUGCACAUGGGGAUGUGAUAUAGCUCUCAUUGAGCCCAUUUGAAUCAGUUUGGUGAGCAGGAGUCAUCUUACAAUAUUUUGUUUGAAUAUAUUCAUGUGAUCAUACUGACUUCAUGAUAUGGAAACUGGUCUUGUGAGUGCUCUAACAUGUUUGUGACAGUUCUGUCAAUGGGUUGUUGUAGGUUUUUCCGGGCUAUAUGGCCAUGUUCUGGAGGCAAUUUUUCUCCUGACGUUUCGCCUGCAUCUAUGGCAAGCAUCCUCAGAGGUAAUGAGGUCCUC